UCAUCAAACUACUGCCCAGGAAGAACUUUCUCAUAGUAUGCAAGAGAUCACAAGUCAGAUUACAGAACCACCUGAAGAAGUUGUAGCUCCAGCCCCAGAAUUUCAGGAGGUGACAGUUCCAAUACCAGGUCAUGAUCAACCUGAGUAUGCAACAACACAUGUUCCCUCAUCUCAGCCUUUGGAUCUGGAACUCACCAUAACUUCAGAGCCUACCAGAGAGACUCACCAUCCUACAAUCCCAGACCACCUUCUAGUGUUACAUUCAGAACAUGUUCACACUCAGCAUCCAAACCCAACUGAAGCCACAGUUCAGCCUCUGGAUCUGGAGCUUACUGUAACUCAUCAAACUACUGCCCAGGAAGAACUUUCUCAUACUAUGCAAGAGAGCACAACUGAGAUUACAGAACCACUUACAGAGGUUGUAGCUCCAGCCACAGAAUAUCAGGAGGUGACAGUUCCAACACUAGGUCAUGAUCAAGCUGAGUAUCCAACAACACAUGUUGCAUCCUCUCAGCCUUUGGAUCUGGAACUCACCAUAACUUCAGAGCCUACCAGAGAGCCUCACCAUCCUACAAUUCCAAACCACCCUCUAGUGAUACAUUUAGAACAUGUUCACACUAAGCAUCCAAACCCAGCUGAAGCUACAGUUCAGCCUCUGGAUCUGGAACUUACUGUAGCUCAUCAAACUCCUGCUGAGGAAGAACUUUCUCAUAGUAUGCAAGAGAGCACAACUCAGAUUACAGAACCAACUGAAGAGGUUGUAGCUCCAGUGCCAAUAUAUCAGGAUGUGACAGUUCCAACACCAAGUCAGGAUCAAGCUGAUUAUGUAACAACACAUGGUGCAUCAUCUCAGCCUAUGGAUCUGGAGCUCACCAUAACUUCAGAGCCUACCAGAGAGCCUCACCAUCCUACAAUUCCAAACCACCUUCUAGUGAUACAUUCAGAACAUGUUCACACUCAGCAUCCAAACCCAACUCAAGCAACAGUUCAACCUCUGGAUUUGGAACUUCCUGUAGCUCCAGAGUCUACUGCUGAGGGAGAAAUUUAUCAAAGCAUUCAAAAGGCCAUAACUCAUAUUACAGAACCACCUAAAACGGUUGUUGUUCUAGCCCCAGUAUAUCAGGAGUUAACAGUUCCAACACCAACUCACGAUAAACCUGAGUAUCCAACCUCAUCCCAUAUCUCUUCUCAGCCCUUGGACCUAGAACUCACCGUAAGUUCAGAACCUGCUAGAGAGACUCACCACCCUAUAAUCCACAAGAAGACUGUAAUAGUUCAACCGCUAAAGCAUCCUCUAGUGAUAUAUCCCGAAUAUGUUCAUACUCAGCAUACAAAACCAGCUGAAGGUACAGUUCAACGUUUGGAUCUAGAACUUACUGUGGCUCCACAACUUACUGCUGAGGGAGAAUUUUCUCAAAUCAUGAAAGAGAUCACAACUCAAAUUAUAGAACCACUUAAAGAGGUUGAAGCUCCAGCCCCACAUCAGGAUCAAGCUGAGUAUCCAGUUUCACCCAGUACCACAUCUCAACCCUUGGACCUGGAACUCACCAUAACUUCAAAGCCUACUAGAGAGUUUUACCAUCGGACAAUUCCAGAGGAGACUACAGUUGCUACUCCAGAGUACCCUCUGGCAAUAUAUUCAGAGCCUGUUUACAAUAAGCAUGUACAUACAUCUGAAGUCACCAUUCAACAUUUGCAUCAAGAACUAACUGAAACUUAUCAAACUAUUAAUGAUGGAGAGCUUUCUCAAAUAAUGGAAGAGAGUACAACUCACAUUACCAAACCACCUAAAGAGGGUGUAGCUCUAGGCCCAGAAUUUCAAGAGGUGACAGUUCCAAUUCAGGAUGAAGCUGAGUAUCCAACACCAUCCAGGAUCUCAUUUCAGUCUCCAAAUGAGGAACUCACCAUACCUUCUCGGCCUCCUACAGGGACUCAGUAUCCUCCAACUCCAGAGCAGACUACGGUUCAUCUUUCAGGUCAUAAUGUGCUGCUAAACCCAGAACUUUUCAUUCCUGUUACAAAAACUCCAACUGAUAUAGCUGACUCUGAUGAACAUAUCUCAUCUACUCUAGGUAACAUUACUGAAAGUUUGUGGAGGAUCACAGCUGAGGUUAGAAAAUCACGUAAAAAGGUUGUAGCUCAAAGUCUAGGAUAUGAGGAGGGCAUGAUUCCAGCUCCAAUUCAGAAUCAAUCUGAGCAUCUAACAGCACCAUAUCGGCCCUUAGACUUGGAACUCACUGUAACUUCAGAACCUACUAGAGAGGCUUAUCAUCCUAUAACUCUCAAUGAGACUACAGUUCAUCUUCCAAUGCAUUCCCAAGUGACACUUCUAGAACAGGGUCACACUCAGCAUCCAAACACAAAUGAAAUCAUGGUCCAUCCUUUAGAUUUGGAAGCUACCAUAACUCAUCAAUCUACUGCUGAGGGAAGACUCUUUGAAACUAUGAAAAAGACCUUCUCUCAUCUUGCACAGACACAUGAGGAGUUUGCUCCCAAAACUCCAGUGUUUGAUGACAUUAAAGAUGCAAUACCAAGUCAUCAUCAAACUCAGCAUACAGUGUCACCUGAGGUGCCAGUUUAUCAUCUUGCUAUAGAACAUGCUGUAACUGAAAUAUCUAAGAUAGAGAGUGAACUUUAUCAAGCCCCAGGGAAUAUUACUAUUCCUCCCUCAAAUAUCCCUGAAGAGAUACUCCCACCUCCUGACAAGAUUCAGGCUCAACAUCUAAACCUAACCCAAGUCACAACUCAGUAUUUACACUCGGAAUUUUCCAUAACUCGACAACCUAAUACAAUGGUUAAACGUUCUGCCCGUAUGAAGGACACCCCAGCUCAGACUUCAGAGAUACCUGUGGAGACUGUACUUCAACCUGUAGAGAAUCAUGAGACAACAGCUCUAACUUCAGCUCAUGUUGAUACUCAACAUUCAAUAUCAGUUAUAGAGACUGAGCAUUCUGAAGUCACAGAAACUACAUCUUAUCCAGAGUCUGCACACACAAUAGUUCCAGAGACUACAUCUUAUCAAGAGUCUGCACAUUCUGAAGUCCCAGAGACUAUGUCUUAUCUGGAGUCUGCAUACACAAAAGUCCCAGAGCCUAUAUCUAAUACAGUGUCUGCACAUUUUGAAGUCCUGGAGACUAUAUCUUAUCUGGAGUCUGUGAACAUUGAAGUCGCAGAGACUACACCUCAUCCAGGGUCUGCACAUUCUGAAGUCCCAGAGACUACAUAUUAUCCAGGGUCUGCAUAUUCUGACAUCCCAGAGACAUCUUAUCCAGGAUCUGCACAUUCUGACAUCCCAGAGACAUCUUAUCCGGAGUCCAUACAGUCUGAAGCCUCAAUGACUACAGAUGCUUCUACAGAGGCUGUGUACUGUGGAGUCUCAACAACUGCAGCUGUUCCUCCAGAGAUUGCACAUUCUGAAGUCCCAACAACUAUAGGUCCGACUCCAAAGUGCCCUGAAAUGACACUUCCACAUCCAGAUCAGGUUGUGACACAGUAUCCAAGCUCAGCUGAAGUCACAGUUCAAUUUUUGAAAAUGGAACUUACCAUAACUCCAUAUUCUGAAAAUUCUAAUACAGAAAAAGGUUUAACUAUGGAACAAAAUGCCUACAUGUACACCAACAUAUGUGACUUCUGCUUGUGUGAAAAUGAGACACUGUUGUGUAUUCAUCUCAGCCCAAUGCGGAGACUCCACCAAGUGCCUGUGCCAAGGCCGGACACCUACAAUGACACUUUUGCUAUCUUGAAUUUCCAAGGAAAUGAUAUUUCUUACAUUGACAAAAAUGUAUGGAAAGCAUACCGUUGGGCUGAGAAACUAAUUCUCAGUGAAAAUCACCUGACUGAAUUACAUAAGGACUCAUUUGAAGGCCUGCUAUCCCUUCAGAUUUUGGACUUAUCCUGCAAUAAAAUACGCUAUAUUGAAAGAGGGACAUUUGAAUCAUUACCUUUUUUGAAGUAUAUGAACCUUGGGUGCAAUUUACUCACUGAGCUGAGCUUUGGAACGUUUCAAGCAUGGCAUGGAAUGCAGUUUUUACAGAAGUUAAUUCUAAGCCGUAAUCCUCUCACAAUUGUUGAAGAUCCCUACUUUUUUAAGUUGCCAGCAUUAAAAUAUCUAGACCUGGGAACAACACAAGUACAACUGACAACGCUUGAGAACAUCCUCACGAUGACUCUGGACCUGGAGCUUCUGGUUUUACCUAGACACAUGGCCUGCUGCCUCUGCAAAUAUAAAAGUGAUAUUGAGGUUGUCUGCAAGACAGUCAAACUGCAUUGUCAUACUGGAUGUCUGAUAAACACCACACAUUGUCUUGAAGAAGCAUCUAUAGGGAACCCUGAAGGAGCAUUCAUGAAGGUGUUGCAGACCCGGAAGGAGAACACCAGUACAGAGCUCAUUAUUGAACCAGAGAGGGGCUAUUCAGACAAAGAAAAUGGCAGUUACUCAAGCUCCAUGGAGGAAGAGAUCGACUUUAGUGAUGAAAAUGAUGUUAUGAGUGCACUAAAUUACAUACUGCCAUAUUUUUCUGAGGGAAAUCUAGAAGAUGUAGUAUCAACAAUGUUACCAUAUAUUAAACUGCUGUUUUCUCAUGAACAAGAUUCAGAUAAUUCCUUGGGAUCUUUGCAGAAUGAUACAGACAGUCUUUCUCUUACAAAUGAAUCUGAGUCCGGUAACUUCACUUUCAAAAAUAAAUUGAAUAAACUUUAUUUUCUAGAAAAUUUGUUAGAUGCAGAAAUUGACGAGGUUAAAAAGGAAGGGAAACCUGUAGUACAUAAGGAGAAGUCUAGUAAUGCAGGUAAAAAGUUUAAGCGAGAAAUAUUUGAAAAGAGAUGGGAGCCUGGCCGUGCAGAGGAAGACAGUCUUGCAGAGAUUGAGAAGGCAGAGAAAGGACUCCUCCACAGGAUGGACACAGUGCUCAAGGGGACAGGAAGCAUACAGAAAAGGCACUUCAAGGAAGUGAGUGACAAGAGCCUGUGGAGUAAGCAGAGUGUCCGGACACCUGUGGAGAACAUCGCCAAAGAUGGGCAGCUCAGAGGCCCACGCACCACAGAGCUGCAGCAGUUCAGUCUGGUGCAGAAGCCCAGGAAGUUAGUGGGAAAUUCCUUCCACUCAGAGCCAGUGCUUCCAACAGAACCCGGGGAGGCAGUGUCUUCUUCCCCAGAACCGUCCCUGGUGGACAAAGCCCCCACUACAAAUUCGCUACCUGAGUUCAUAGAUAGACGAAAAGACUUGUCUUACACCAUUUUUGUUUUAGAAAGGGCAAAUGCCAAUGUGAAAAGAAUGACGGGGUCUAACCCUAGUUUACAGUCUGAAAAGAGACAUGGAAACCUUAGGAAGAAAAAAUCUCAUUUCCAGUUGAUUGCAAAGAGGCCAGCAUCCUCUGCAUUGAUAAGCCUGGUAAAUUCCCCUUCACGAGGAUUCUUUUCAUCUGUAGGAGACCUGAGUUUUGCAGAAAAGCCUUUUUCAGAAUCAUAUGCUACUUCAGAACCUCCUACAGAAAAAUUUCUUGAAGAAAACCAGGAUAUAACAGAUAAUAGUGAAGAAAACAUCAUUGAACCACCCAUCAUUUUACCUGAAGAAGCUGCAUCAGAGAAUAUACCCCCUGAGAUUCCUGCUGUAGAGUCUGAUGUGCCUCCAUCCAAUUUAAUACCAACUGUUCAGCAAACCAAAGAGCCACCUUUAAACCUCAUGUUGGAAUCUGACACACAUCACCAUUUCGACUCACAUGACCAUUUCAACUCACAUGAGCAUUUCAAAGAAUUUCCUUACCCAGUGUUGUUGAUGUCACCGGGUGAACACUUUGAAUCUCAGCUAAACCAGCAGCUGCAGCCCCUCAUCCCCAACAGCGAUGUGAGAAGGCUUAUUUCUCAUGUUAUCAGAACUUUGAAGAUGGACUGCUCUGAACCCAGCGUGCAACUGUCCUGUGCCAAACUCAUCUCCAGAACAGGCCUCCUGAUGAAACUUCUCAGUGAGCAACAAGAAUUAAAGUUGUCUAGGACCGAAUGGGAUACAGACCAGUGGAAAAGUGGAAACUACAUCAAUGAGAAUAUAGAAGCCCAAGGUGAACCGAAGGGUCUGGAACCAAGUCAGCGUGCAAAAGAAGUUCCAGGAUUCAGCUACAACAACAAAGUCAUCUUGGCAGUAUCUAUAACUGCAGUAGUCACAGUUUUGAUUAUCAUCUUCUGUCUCGUUGUGGUUUAUUCCCACAGAGCAAAAGAGGGAGAUGAAGAGAAGCCCACAGGGAGUAAGAAAUGCUACAAGGACAGUGAGAGUCAGGAAAGAUCUGCCUGGCUGAGGUGGCCACAGUGGCUUACAGAUAUAUUCAGACGUGACACACGAAAGGAAAGCAUGUCUGAGGAUCUACAGGCCACGGGGUCCUCUGCAAUGGAGGAAAUUACCAUUCAGGAUGUAUCAAGGGAGGUCAAGGAAGAAGUGGUAGUGACGCUGGCCACGAAAGCGUCGGCCACUGAAGCAGAAGAGAGUGAAGCAGCCGAGGACGCCGAAGGCACAGAAUAAUCCACUAUCGUUUAUUAAUAAAUUAUUUUUUGUAGA